AUGUGUCAUGUUGGCUACCUGUCGUUAGAUCACUGUCAUCGGCUCUGUGUGAACCAUGUUGUACUGCACUGGAUUGCUUCUGGGCUUAGCUCAGGUGGUGCUGACAAGCAAGAGCUGCUGCGUGACUUUGUGACGAAGUGCUACAAGCCCCAGGACUACGAAGGGAACAAGGGGCGGCUCGAGACCCUGGUCAAGUUCAAGCGCGAGAAGGAGAAGAGCCAGAAGAGCAACCUCAUCAGAGGUUGGCUCACAGAAAAGGAGAUGAUAAAGCUGGGCUGGGAUGAGACGAAGGUGAAGGGGGCCAUGGCAUAUUGCCAGAAGAUGCGGUUGACCAAGCGGUGCAAAUACUCAGCCGAACUGAAGUUCUUGGUCGAGUUAGAGGACCGCGUAGAUGACGAAGUGCUGCUUCGAUUAAAGCUCGAAGAAGAACUGGCAGCCAUAUCCGGCAAUGGGUUCGAAGACGGCUUCGCCUUCUCGCUUCACGAGCCGAAUGCCACCGAGAUGCCGCCGGAGGAUGAGGCUGCAUCCAAGCUUAAGCUCCCGGAGUUCCCUGAGAUCACCCAGGAUGUGGCUACGUUGGGAGCCCGUGUGAAAAAGUUCAAGGAUGCUGCUCUCAAGCGUCGGGGUGUCUACACAAGUGUGGAGGAUCGCUUGAAGGAGGAUGAGAGCAAGGGCCAUGAGACAGACCUUGGCGUCCUCAAGACAAGCCUAGAUCAAAUCAUGACAUCGUACAACAAGAUCUGUGCCACGGAGACGAGCGCUGAGAAGAAAAAGCCCGACAGCUACAAGAUCCUUUGCGAGACCAUGGAGGGGGCAGCGAUUCUGAAGCUCCUCGGACAGCAUAUGAACCCAGUUCUCAAUGUGGCCGUGACCUUGUCGAUGAAGUUGUCCAGCUCUAUUGUGCCCCUUGAAUGCAUCAUGCAGGUUGGCAAUGCUACCAAGGCGGUUGGCCUAGCCAAAACAGGUGUCAAACGUGGGGCUACUGCUGCUGGCCUAGAUCGACAACAAGAAACCUGGGAAUUGAAACGUUUAGCACGUGCUGCUGAUUCCAGCAAAGGGAACCACCUGGAAAGUUUAACUCGGAAUCUGCUGCGUGCUGGCUAUGGAGUCCAGAUACCCAUCGACAAGAUUGCCGUCCCCUACUUUGACCGAGGUCUCUGUCAGCAUCCGGUGUUCUCACUGGAAAAGUUUAUUGUAUAUAUGAUCAAGACAGGCCAUUCCAAGUAUUUUCUGGGUGGCUAUGAUGUGAAUACUGAAGAAUCCAGAACGGUUCUGUCUCAGUACUGGCUGCGUUAUCAAAAACAUGAUCCAGGCCAUGUGGUAUUUGGAAACCGACCCCUGUCGGAUACGGUGCCACUCGUAUGCUAUGGGGAUGAGGGCACGGGGAAGCGCAAGCAUCCUGUUUAUGUUCUGUCCACCAAAGUGCUACUGAACUGCAGACAAAACAGCAUGUUCCGCUACCUCCUCUACACAGUCGUUCCACACGAGUGCUACAGAGGAUUCCAGAAAGGCUGGGCCGAGAAGAAUGAAUGCUUGGAUGCUGUUCUGGAGCACUAUGUGCUGGAGGCUACCCGACUUUUCGAACAAGGAGUGACGGUGGACAAAGGGCGCACUCUCUACUUUGCGUUUGUAGGCACUGUUGGUGACUUGCCUUUCCAGGCCAAGGUCUGGAAGCAAUCACGUAACUUUCAGAGUAAACUUUGCUGCCCUUUCUGUAUGGCAACGAAUGAAGAUUUGGGAGAUGUCGGGGAUGAUCCUGCCUGGGUCAUGGAUGAGGUGCCUCCUCCAUGGUCCCUCACGUCAAGUAUGUGUCAGAUUCCUGGCAUGGCAGGUGUAGACAAGGCCCGACAUGACAUAUUCCAUUUGGGCCACCUGGGUGUGGCUCGCCACUUCUACUGUUCUGUGUUGGUACUAUUGUGCCAGCGCUUCGGGCAUUUUCCUGCAGAUGAUGGAAAAUGGUCAUUAGAUCUGCAACUUGCCAAAGCUUAUGGGGAUUUCCGGGCUUUUUGCCGACUGAUCGGGGCAACGCCUUUGGUCAAAGAAUUCACCAAAGCAAAUUUUCAUGCAAAGGAAACAGGUUAUCCGGACUCCUCAUUCAAAGCGAGUGAUUCCAUACUCAUCAUGAAGUUCCUGGAGUAUUAUCUCAAUUUGCCAUGGGCUUUUGAUGAAGAUGGUGUUCUGCUCACCAUGCUGCAGGCGGCUGGAUGGUACAAUGAUUUCUACAGGACUUGCUGGACUGCCAAGGAUAGGCGUUGGCUCACGUGUUCUGAAGCUGCAAUUGCUGUCAGAAGCUUGGACUCGUUUGUUCGAGCAUAUGUCCUCCUGGCUCAAUGGUCAUAUCAAGAACGGCUGUGUCAUUUUGUUCUUGUGCCAAAGCUGCAUUUUCUGAAGCACCUGGUAUUGCAAAUGCGUGGCAGUCUUGAAAACCCUGAAAUCGUGCAUCAUGUCAAUCCAGCAGUCUGGGCAACACCUGAUGGUGAGGACUUCAUCGGGAUAAUGAGUCGGCCCAUGAGAACUUUACAUUCCAGCAGUUCCUGCCUGAGGAGGCUUCAAAUGUACAAAGUAGAGUUGAAGAAGGCAUGGGCUGGCAGCAGUGGCAAGUAG